AUGGCUCAAUCAAAAGCCAAGUCCACAAUUGUGGACUUCUUCACACAUCCUUUCCUUGUGGUGUUCAGUUUAGUCUAUAUGCUAUUCCAGAAUAUCCUCACCUGGAUUUUCUCUCCUGCUCCGCCGCCUCCAGCAUCAACUGCCAAUGGUCUUCCCAAGAAAAGAGUAGCUGUCAUUGGUGCUGGUUUGACUGGCGUAUCGUCCGCGGCGCACUGCAUUGGACAUGGAUUCGAUGUGCAACUAUUCGAAGCCCGUCCCAAGGAUAAAGGCCUCGGAGGAAUCUGGAGCGUUCAUAGUAUAAUGUACCGUUUCCACCCAUCGGUGAAAUACACCACCGCCUAUCCUUCUCAGCAGGAAAUUCGCGACCAGAUCAUUGACGUGUGGAAACGCUACGGCCUCCAGAAGCGUACCGCUUUCGACACUCCAGUUACGUCUGUCAAACAGACAAAGGACGGUAAAUGGAUCAUCAACGACAACGAGGAAGAGUAUGGUCGCUUCGAUGGCGUGAUCGCGUCUGUUGGCGUUUGCGGCGAUCCAAAGAUGCCUCCUCUUCCAGAUCAAGGCCGCUUCAAAGGCAAGAUUUUCCACUCUUCUGAGCUCGAUGGGAAAGACGUCGAGGGCAAGAAGGUGCUCAUCAUUGGCGGAGGCGCCAGUGCCAUCGAAGCGUUGGAAUUUGCCGUCAAGUCUAAGGCGCGUGCGAUUGACGUGCUGUCACGGUCUGAUAAGUGGAUCAUCCCGCGCAAUGUAUUCGUCCAAUCGCUGCUAGCCAUGAAUAUCUUUGGACAGGAAACAUUUUUGUCAUGGAUUCCGGAGUGGUUGCUACACAAGCUUUUCUAUCGCGAUCUCCAGGACAUUGCCCCGUCAAGCGGUCUGUACACCGAAACUCCCAUGGCCAACUCGGAGCUCUUUGACCAAAUCCGCCAGGGUAAAGCACGCUGGCUACGCGGAGACAUUGUCUCUCUCACAGAGGACGGUGUCAUGUUCAAUCAUCGCUCACAUGGAGUCCCCAAGGGUGGCCCCGGACAUGAAUCGGUUGUUCCUGGAGAUGUGAUCAUCAUGGCAACGGGCUUCAAGCGUCCAUCGCUGAACUUCCUGCCAAACGAUUGUUUCGAAGACCCAUACGGUCCACCCAGCUGGUAUCUCCAGGUCUUCCCGCCCAAGUACACGAGCAUCUGCGCCAACAACAGCACCUACAUCAAUGCCAUCGGCACUGUGGGAAACAUGCACAUUGGUAUAUACACACGCUUCCUAUUGAUGUUCCUGGUUGAUCCUCUAUCGCGGCCGACGGAAGGUAGGAUGAAGACAUGGAUCGACUUUACGCGCUUUAUGAAACGGCUGGCUCCGACAGGCGCGUUUGACUUCUUCACUUACGCCGAAUUGAUCUACUGGUACAUCUUCGUAAUUCUUGUCAACCCGUUUCGCUGGAAGUGGGCGCCAUUCGUGCUCUUUGGCAUUGGCCGUACGCUUCCGCUGGAGGUAGUCAGGCAAGAAGAAUCGUUCCGACAACAAUUGAGGAAACAGCAUUAG